AUGUUCUCUAGGUUUCUAUUGCAUUGUGUACCGUCGACGUCGAAAAUUUUGGUCGAACGGUGCCUUCAAUUUUCGACUGGUGCGAGCCGGAAGGCGGAAAUCAACGAUAGCGAGUUUGGCGAAAACAAGUUCUGUGAAGUCAGCACGACUGGCUACGAUUUCAAGACGGCCAAUGGGAAGCGGAGAGGCAAAUAUGCGGUUUAUUGGGGUCCGAAAGAUUCGAGGAAUACGCUGCAGACGCUUCCAGAAGGCACGAAUUUUAUGACAGCGAUCUAUCAUAGUUUAUUGGAUGCUGUUAUCACUGCGAGAGAAACCGAUCCGCCGCCACCUUUGCUAAUUUAUACGGAUUUGAAGAAUGAGAAAUUUUUGUCAAAUUUGUCGAUUUGGGCGAAACGCGAUUUUUAUAAGUACAAUAAAGCGGAAAAAUUGGACAAUGCGGACAUUUUGAAGGAUUUGCAUAGCGCGAUUCAAAGAAUGGACAUCAAAUUGGUCCAUCGUCCAGCUUCUGGCACCGGUACGCCGAACUAUGUGAUUUCAGCGAUUUAUCAGAAUCGAAUGAAGCGCGAGACCGAAGAAAAUUCGAAAAAAUCGAAAUAUUGUAGCGCGAAAUCGGAAGAAGAGCCCCACGAAGAGUCUGGCGUUGCCGAAAAUGAAGAACGAGAUAAGAAUGGCCGGAUUUCAUCGGAAUCGGUGUCGAAAUCGUGGCCGAGAGUGUAUGUUGGCGCGAUUUGCAAAGAAAAGAAGGAAUUCUUCUCGGCUGGCUAUUGCACCAUUUGGCCGAAUGGUGAAGCGGGCGGAGGGUGUGCGAGACGAUUUGCGCCAUUCCCAAUCACUUAUUUUAGAGCGAUUCUCGCUGGAAUUGAAGAAGCGCUGAAGGAAGCUGUUGAGAAUCGUCUUCAACGAGUCGUUGUGGUGACAACUUGCGGGCAUUUCAUCAAACUCUGGAAACAUCGAUGGAUCGGACCAUCGGGAAAUUACUAUCCGAGUCGAGAAUUCUUUGAUAGGAUCAAUGAUCUAUGCGAGCAAAUUCAAUAUGUGCAUUUUCGGUAUGAGAAAGAGCGAGACGAGCGCGAAAUUUUCAAAGAAUUACACAAAAAGUCGUACGAGGGCCUCUCGUACGCGCUUAUUGGGAAAGACCGGUCCGAAUAUGAGCUGGAUCUCAAUGAUUUGACGAUUUCGAGUCAGAAUUUGGACAAAAACAUUCCGAUGGUCCGAUUAUUUAAAACCGGCACAGAUUUGAACGCGGGUUUCGUUUGGGACGAUGGCGAGGCACCGGCGACGAAUGCCGUUGGAAUUCCGCAGGCGAUCAUCCUAAUAAUGGAACAGGCGAUUUCAAUGAAAAUGUCGAGCAUCGUCGUCCGAACCGACAACUCGAAGUUGAUUCGAAGUUUCGAAGCGCAUCUGGAGGUGUGGAAGCGAAACGGCUGGAGGAAUUCGCUUCACAAGCGGAUUCAGAGGAAGGAAUUGUGGGAGCGAGCGUAUGAGCUGAAGCAGAACGUCAAAGUGUACUGGGAGCUCAUGGCGACGGUCACCGACGACGACGUUGAGCGGAAUCGAACAAUUCCGGAGUUUCGGAAACAAUUGUAG